AUGGUGGAGACGGGCGUGGGGAGGCUGCACCAGCGCCGGGGCGCGGUCGCCUUCGUCGCGGCCAACAAGGCGCUGCUGGCCGCCGCGUGGGCUGUCGGGUUCGCGCUCGUGUUCCUGUGGCAGAGCGCCUCGAUGUCCUUCGGCAGCGCCGGCGCCGGCGGCGGCGCCGCCGCCGGCGGGUUCCUCAGGCUCCUGUUGGCGCCGCCUCCGCCGCCGCGCCCCGCGCCUCGGCUUCGCCCCACGGCGUACAACCUCACGGACUUCGGCGCCGUCGGGGACGGCCGGGCGGUCAACACCGAAGCGUUCGAGCGCGCCGUCGAGGCCAUCGCCGCGCUCGCGGAGCGAGGCGGCGGACAGCUCAAUGUGCCCCCCGGGCGCUGGCUCACGGCGCCCUUCAACCUCACCAGCCACAUGACGCUGUUUCUUGCCGAGGGCGCGGAGAUCCUUGGCAUUACGGAUGAGAAGUACUGGCCAUUGAUGCCAGCAUUACCAUCAUAUGGGUAUGGGCGGGAGCGCAAAGGACCACGCUUUGGGAGUCUCAUUCAUGGACAGAAUUUGAAAGAUGUGGUCAUUACAGGACAUAAUGGGAGCAUAAAUGGCCAGGGUGAAGUCUGGUGGAUGAAGCAUCGCAGAAGAAUUCUGAAUAACACGAGACCUCCUCUUGUGCAGCUGAUGUGGUCCAAGGACAUUAUUGUUGCGAACAUAACAUUGAGGAAUUCACCUUUCUGGCACUUGCAUCCUUAUGAUUGCACAAAUGUAACUGUUUCGAAUGUUACUAUCUUAUCUCCUGUUUCUGGUGCUCCAAACACAGAUGGCAUAGAUCCAGAUUCUUGUCAAGAUGUGCUUAUUGAGAAUUGCUACGUAUCGGUUGGUGAUGAUGCAAUAGCUAUAAAGAGUGGUUGGGAUCAGUAUGGUAUUGCAUACGGUCGCCCAUCUUCUAACAUUUUAAUCCGCAAUGUAACCGCCCGUUCUCUUGUGAGUGCUGGAAUUUCAAUAGGCAGUGAGAUGUCUGGCGGAGUUGCAAAUGUUACGGUGGAGAAUGUACGCAUCUGGGAAUCAAGGAGAGGUGUGAGGAUAAAGACUGCCACAGGAAGAGGCGGCUACAUCCGGAACAUCUCCUAUCGCAACAUAACUUUUGACAAUGUCCGUGCUGGGAUUGUGAUAAAGGUUGACUACAACGAGCAUGCUGAUGACGGAUACGACCGGACAGCCUUCCCAGACAUCACUAGUAUAUCUUUCAAGGGAAUCCAUGGGCGGGGUGUUCGGGUGCCUCUCCGCGCUCAUGGCAGCGACGUCAUCCCCAUCAAGGACAUCAGCUUCCAGGACAUGUCGGUAGGCAUCAGCUACAAGAAGAAGCACAUCUUCCAGUGCUCCUACGUCGAGGGGCGUGUCGUCAGGCCUGUGUUCCCGAAGCCAUGUGAGAACCUGGACGUCUAUGAUGAGCAAGGGCAGCUUGUCAAGCGGGCAGUGGCCCUGAACAGCACAGAACUUGACUACGAUAUAUGA